CGUCGGGGACGCCGGCCCCGGGAUCUUGCUAGGGAACCGGUGUUGUCGCCCCGCCCCUCGUGGCUUCAGGUCCCGUUAACUGUCGGCGGGGCUGGCGCCGCAGCGCAGGGCGACAUGCCGGUGCGCUUCAAGGGGCUGAGUGAAUACCAGAGAAACUUUCUGUGGAAGAAGUCAUAUUUGUCAGAGUCCUACAACCCCUCAGUGGGACGGAAGUACUCAGGGGCCGGACUUAGAUCGGAUCAGUUAGGGAUCACGAAAGAGCCAAGUUUUAUUUCAAAAAGGAGGGUUCCUUACCAUGACACUCAGAUUUCAAAAUCCCUGGAGUGGAACGGAGCCAUCACAGAGGAUGCUAUGGUUGUCCCACCUGAGCCCCAGACCCUCCCAACACAAAAUCCAAAGGAGGCAGAGCCAAAGGAAGAUGCUAACCAAGAAAGAGCUCUCUCGUUAGAGGCUUCCAGGGUUCCCAAGAGAACUCGAUCUCAUUCUGCAGACUCCAGAGCUGAAGGGGCUUCAGAUGCUGUGGAAAAGCAGCAGGAUGUAACAAGAAACCAUGUCCUUGAUCCCAAAGAAGCGGAGUUGGAACCUUCUACCAAACCUGCAGAGAUUGUAGAUCCCAGGUUGGAUAGGCAUCUUCGUAAGAAAGCUGGACUGGCUGUUGUUCCGUCGUACAAUGCCUUGAGAAAUUCUGAAUACCAAAGGCAGUUUGUCUGGAAGACCCGUAAAGAGACUGCUCCUGUGUUUGCAGCCAAUCAGGUUUUCCGUAAUAAAAGCCAAAUUGUUCCACAAUUCAAAGGGAAUGCAGUCAUCCCUGAGACUGAAUACAGGCGGAAUUUCAAGGGUUUGUCUCCAGUGAAGGAACCAAAGCUAAGGGAGGGUUUGAAAGGGAACAGUGGCCUUCAGAGAUUGUCUCCAGAGAAGAAGGCAGACGAGCCUUUAGAAUUAGAAGUAGAGAUGGCAUCAGAAGACACAGACCAGCCUAAAAGGAAGCUUUCUUCGUGGAGACACCAAAGGCUUGGCAAGGUGAAUUCUGAAUAUAGAGCCAAGUUUCUGAGCCCAGCCCAGUAUUUAUAUAAAGCUGGAGCUUGGACACGCAUGAAGGAGAACGUGCCAAACCAGGGUUCUCUAAAUGCCAUGUGGUAUGCAGAGGUUAAGGAACUCCGGGAAAAGGCUGAGUCUUACAGGAAGCGAGUUCAGGGAACACAUUUUUCUCGGGACCAUCUGAACCAGAUUCUGUCCAAUAGCAACUGCUGUUGGGAUGUCUCCUCAACCACGAGCUCAGAAGGAACCAUUAGUAGCAACAUCCAAGCACUGGAUCUUGCCAGCAAUCUUGCAGGCAACAAGACUCCCCAGAAACAUCCUUCUACCAAACUAGAGGAAAGAAAAGUUGCCGUGGAAGAGCAGUCCCCCAAAAAUACCACUGGGAAGCUGGUUCUGCCAGAGGCGGCCACCUUGCCCGUCAGGAGGAAGCUGGCUUGGGAUGAGGAGAGCACCAAGGAAGACACGCAGGAGCAGCCUACGCGAGACGGGGAGGAGGAAAGGGGGAAAGACAAGCAGAUCUAUGUGGGCGAGCAGGAGAAACUGGACACACAGGACAAGUCUAACGCAGACAGAAGGAAAGAAGGGUCGGAGUCAUCUUCUUUUUCCUCAGGAAAGGGGGGAAGGCUUCCCACUCCGAAACUGAGAGAACUCGGCAUCCAGCGGACCCACCAUGACCUCACGACUCCGGCUGUUGGUGGGGCGGUCUUAGUGUCACCAUCUAAAGUGAAGCCUUCAGCCCCAGAGCAGAGGAAGAGAGCGUCCUCCCAGGAUGGCGUAGAUGCUCCGAAGAAAGACCUUCCUAAGACAGCAAACCACCGUGCUGUGUCUCUGCUGACUUCUCCUGCUGCUGGCAUCAAGACAGUUGAUCCCCUACCUUUGCGGGAAGACUGGGAAGCCAAAGUUCCAGAAUAUCAGACAAACACCCCUGGGCAGCAUUCCAGUCUGGGUUUCCUACCUUACUGGCAUCCUUCCAGCAGGAUCCAAGGCCAUCUGCGAGACCCUCAAUUUCAGCAGAAUGUGGGAAAGCCAAGGAUGAACAGUUUGCAGUUACCUUCCCAUGAAGCCUUUAAUGACGAAGAUGCAGACAGACUGUCUGAGAUCUCUGCCCGCUCUGCCGCUUCCAGUCUCCAGGCCUUUCAGACUCUAGCGCGAGCUCAGAAAAGAAAGGAGAAUUUCUGGGGCAAAACAUAAACCUGCUCUUCUUAUCUUGAGAUGUACCAGCAUCGUCUUUCCUUCCUGCUCACUGUGUUAGGAUUUUCAGAGUGUUUUAUGUCCUUCUGCUACUUACAACUUACAUUAUUUGAUUUUUAAGUAGCUCAUCUUACCCAGAAAAUUUUAAUGCUGGUGUAUCUAAAUUUAACUCUUUGAGAAUUCUUUCCUGCUUAUCUAAAUAUGAAGACAUGGAUUAUGUAGUUUUUCACACAUUCUGUCUUUAAUGUCAGGUGUCGGGGGUGCCUGGCAGAAGUGUGAAUAUCACCUGUCCAGAGAAUAUUCUAAAGGGAUGAAAUUAAGUCAAAAUUAAGAUCUCCCAGAUUAUAUUCCCUCUCAGAAUGGUUUUAGCAUUUUUAUAGCCGUAGAUGUCAUGAAAGGAAUCUGCCAUUCCUUUGACAUUGACUUCAGCGUGUUUAUUAGCACCUUCUCUACACAGUGUUAGGAGAAUUGUACUAAAUUCUGGCCGUAUAUAUUUUUCUUAUUUAUGUAACAAAAUUUGCUGAGAGAAUAUGUAUAUUUUUGAUCCUUUUGUGUAUUCUAUUUGUACAAUAACUGACAUACAUUUGAAUAAUGUCUAGAUUUUGAGGAAUUAUUUGUGUAAUGGAGAGUUAAAACUUUGUAGACAUUUAAAAAUGAAAAUUAAUUGUGCUUGGCUUCUCCAAAAGGUUAUCAUGUGGAAUAAAUGCCUUCUAGACGCA